AUGGCGACAGAAGCUGACAGAGCAGCCACGGUCAUCCCCAGUGUGGGUGCUGGGGGGCCCCUGUCACGGCAGGCCCUCAGCCCAGCACAGCCCGGGCAGAUGAGUCUCCCCCAGAAUGUGACUCUGCCUGGGCUCCUGGCUCCAAACUGGCACCAGGAAAAGCCACGGAAGAGAAGCUGCCUUCUCAAGGAGCUGGGCGCCUUCCACAUCGUCAUUGCUCUGCUGCACCUGCUCUUUGGGGCGUACCUGGUCUCCACAGCCAAAAGCCUCCACCUGGUGGUGUUGAAGUCCUGGUAUCCGUCCUGGGCGGCGGCCUCUUUCCUCGUCUCAGGGAUCCUGGUGAUAAUCAUGGAUUUUUCUGUUUCUAAAUCGUAUCUGAAGGUGUUAUGCCUCGUGAUGAACCUCACCAGCUUCCUGUGCACGCUGGCUGGCCUCUUCGUCAUUACCAAGGAUCUCUUUCUGGAGAGCCCGUUUGAGUCCCCGAUCUGGAGAACGUACCCCAGCUCCACGGUCCACAUCCAGAGGCUGGAACUGGCCUUGCUCUGUUUCACCUUCCUGGAGCUCUUCCUGCCGGUGUCCACGGCUGUCAUAGCCUGGAGGGGGGACUGCCCGUCUGCAGAGGCGGACGACGUGUCCCUUGUUCCUGACACCCCGUUGCAUCUCAAGAAUCUGCCGAUGGGGCUUCCCCCGUCCUACCAGGCUGUGGUUCAAGGCGACACCAAGGCAGCGUCGCUGCGACUGGAGCCAUCUGCCUGGAAGCGGUGCCCUGCCAGGGGUGGGCCCAGCCCCUUCGGGCACCAGAGGAGCUUCCAGGGUCCCCCAGGGACAUCCGACUGGGUUGACCAGAACCGCCUCAGCUGCCACUGGUGCCACAGGCCCCGCCCGCCCUUCCUGCAGGCCGCUGGAGCAGACUCCUGA